AUGGCCACACGAAAUGAUUCGCGAUAUUCAUCAGAAAUGAAUUAUAAUUCAGAUUCUUAUAAUAAUACAAAACAACCUACUGAUGGUUAUCAAUACAAUCCAUGGGAUUUUGAAAAUCCUUGGGCACAUGGAUUUUAUAAUUGUACAGACAAUUGUGAUGAAACAUGUUAUAGUAUAUGGUGUUUUCCUUGUUUUGUAUGUCAACUUGGUUGGCGUAUGAAUGAAUCAUGUUGGUUAACAUGCUGUCUACCUGGUCGUUUAGCUGUAUUACGAACAAAAAUGCGUACAGCAUUUCGAAUAAAUGGUACAUAUCUUUCUGAUUGUUUAGCUUCUGAAUGUUGUCCAUGUUGUACAGCAAUUCAAAUGGCUGGUGAAUUACGUUUUCGAAGAGUAAUGAGUUGA